AUGCGCGAGGCCAACUUCAGCAUCCCGAGCGCGAACAAGGCCUCGGUCGGCAUCACCCCUGCCCUCUAUGAUCGCCGCGCCCUUGAUUGCACCUCGACCCUCCCCUUGAUCAAUUCCCUCAACAACCUCACCUACCUUACUACGUCAUCCGCACGCAUCCGCGAUAUCCUCACUGUAGACGGUGGUGUUGAACGCCUGGUCUGCAUCUUGAAAGAAGGCAGGAGCAAAGAUGCCAUGGAGAGCUGGAAAUGGAACCUGGCUUUCCAGUGUGUCUUCAACAUUGGUGUCAGAGGCUCCGAAGCUGUACGAACCCGCGUUGUCGAAGCCGACAUGGUACCUGUGGUAGCAACGCUUCUCGACAAUUACAUUCGCGCCAUGGAAAAGCUGAAGAAGAGAGCCGACGAGGACGCAAGACGCACUCCGGCCAACUUCAACCCCUUUCCCAACCUUCAGAGUCCUACCCGCGCAAGUCGCUCUCCUUACCAGUCUAGAUCAGAUCGCACGCCUCGGAGAUCAGUCCCACCGCCGAUCGAUGUCUCUGUUACUGACGAUCAGCCCAUGGUCGACUCACAGCAGCCGCUGUUACGCAACACCAGACUCGAUUUUGGUCGGCACACUCCGAUGCACGACAUCCGUCCGCAAUCAUCUCCCCAGAUUCGCUCAGAGCAAGCCUCGCGUCAGACACUGCGACCAGUUCGAGAUGCUGAUCGCCUACCGUCGAUGCUGCCCAACUUGAACGCAGAGUUGAGCUCACAACCACAGUCGCCUACGACCCCUAGCGCGACGGCUCCGACUAGUCCUCGCUCUGCAGCUAGCCUCGGGCGCAGAAGACCAUCGAUCCGCCAUCAACUAUCCAUUUCCGGCAACUGGGAAGACGAACAAAGCGACGAUGCUGUUCAAGACACUUCAGAUACAGCAGAGACGUCCCCAGAGCCAAUGGUCGACAUUCAAAACGACAUCUCCAUGCAGGAUAUUGUCAACGAUGAGACCAUGCUCGAAGGAAGCGUGACUCCUGUAGCUCUGGGUGUGCCGGCCGUCGACGUGUCGGAUUCGGAUGCCUUCAUCAGCCACGCCUCAGUGCAAGACGGCAGUACUAACAACCAAACUCCAACACAAACUCAGCCCGGAUUUGCACCUGUCCAGCAACUUCCAUCAGUCGAUAUUGUUAACGCUACCCCACCAGCACUCAUGGCUCCGCGUGCUAGUGUACCCUUCGUCUCGGCUCCAGCUCCCCUUGCCGCCGCCCUCNCCCGUGACGAAGAUGUCAUCAUGUCUCUUCAAUUGCUCGCCUACGUUUCGAAAUACUGCAACCUCCGCUCCUACUUCCAGGCUUCACACCUCGUCCCCCGCCUCAAUAUCGAUGCUGAGUUGACCACACUGGAUGCCGACUACGACCCUUCGGUUCCUUUUACUGGUCCCUCUCAAGAGGAGCUCGAAGAGGCUUGGGACAAUGAGUUUGUCGAACAACCCGCAUACAACAUUUUCCCCUUGAUCGAGAAAUUUACUGUGCGUUGUUCAAGCUCUCGCCAAUCCCUGCUACCAACGUCGGCACAACAGAGCGAAACUAUGCAAUACUGGGCAGGUGUCGUUAUGCGCAAUCUCUGCCGCAAAGACGAAAGCCGCGGCGGUAUCCGUCAAUGUGCAUACUGGAAGUGUGGCAAGUGGGAAGAGUACACACGGCAAUUUGCCAAAUGCAGACGCUGCCGACGCACCAAGUACUGCAGUAAAGAGUGCCAGAAGGGUGCUUGGGGCAGUCAUCGAUUCUGGUGCGUAGCAGCUGAAGAGGGCAAGGAAGGAGAGAACUCUCGGCAUCACCACCAUCACACACACUCGCAUUCGCACCAGCGGUCUCAUCACCACGCACAGGGCGAGGGAGCGGUGACGGCAGCAGCAGGAGCCUCGACGACACGAGGCGAAUCAUCACGCUCCCGCACACAUCAUUCUUGA